UCCCUCUCUCUCUCUCUCUCUCUCUCACACACACACACACACACACGGGUAAUGUUCUAAGAUUAUGCUGUAGUUUGGCUUAUGAAUUCACGAACAUAUCUGGGAAAUCUUUGCUUGGUCGAUUUGUAUGCUUGAAUUUUGAGUUUUUGUGUAUGAGCUUCUUCUUCGUCUUUCACUUUUUUAGUUCUGCUUUCCGCUGGCAAUUGGUAAAUGUGAUAUUGGUAUUGUGGUUGCGGUUUAAAAUAUGAAUGUUUUCUCCAUCUCUUGCCUCUCUUACCUCAUAUACGUUUGUUUUGAUGCCGAUGUGAAUUUGUUUUGCGUCCUUUUCACCUUUUUGGCUCAAACCAUGAAGAGAAGUAGGAGAAAGAGUAGGAGUAGUAGGAAACUGAAGUCCAUGCGGUAUCGCCAUGAUUCUCCCUCUGGCUCUGACAAUGAUUCUGAAAGCUCAACUUCAUUGUCUUCUUCUAGCACGGAGGAUGACGAAAAAGUGGGAAGAUCUCGAUCCAAGAUGCGUAAGAAUGCUAAAAAGAGAGCCAAGAAGCGAUCUCAUGACCGUCAAAGAAGGGAUUACUCCCCUCAUCCCAGAAAGAGGAAGCAUUCAAAGAGAGACGAGUGUUGUGAGAUGAAGAAGAGCAAUAAAAAGAAGCGUAAACGAGAUGCGAGUGUUCGUGCCACAAGUAGUGACUCUUUGAGCUGCUCGACUUGUGGAGAUGGGAGUACAACCAGCAAUGAGAGGGAAAUCGAUAGGCGUAAGGGCAGGUCUAGAAAGAGGAAAGAAAAUAUGGGGAAGAUUGAAAGGAGUCGGUAUUGGUCAAAGAGUCAUUCGCCAUGCUCUUUAUGUAGUGAAGGUAGUGAUCAUCAGAAUGAGGUUGAGAAUGUCUGUUAUGUUGAAAAUAACUUUAGACGACUAAGAUCUGUAAUCGUUGUAGUUGGAGAGGAAGAUAAAUUAGAGACGUUUGAUGGGAAUGAACUACAAGAAAACGUCACGCAUCAACCUGAUCAUGACCACCCUUCUUUUGGGGAUAUAAACAGAAAUGAUGGGAUGAGUAAUAGAGAAUUAGAUAAUCUUAUAUCUGAAGAGGCACCAGUGAUUAUAACUGACAAUAGAAACUCUAUAGUUGUGAAGGAUGAUGGAGUUCAAAAUGAAGGAAGCAACAAUAACCAUGGAGGAUCAACUCAUGACCAUCCUUUAUAUGAAAGAAAGAAUGGUUGUUCUGUAAACACCGACGACACAAACUGUAUCGACUUAGAGUCGAUUUUAAGACAGAGGGCUUUGGAAAACUUAAGAAAGUACAAACGGGUGCUCCCAAGGAAUGUGGAAACUCCUGCUAAUUACGAAGUCGACAAUAGUAAUGAUGCGAAGCAACUGGACUCCCCUGUCUCUAAGUUGGUUCACGUGACUUCCCCUAGGGAUGAGGCUGGGAUAAAUGGUCACAGGUUCUCUAGACAAGGUGGAGGGAACGCUGUAAAUUCAAUGAUAAUUGAAAAUGGUGUUAAAUCUACCGAUGAAAUGGACUCGGCCGUUGCAUCUACGUAUGAUCCUGUCUAUUCUUCACAGCACCUGGGUAAGAUUUCCAAUGGAAGCAAUGAUAUGAAUGAACUGAAGCAGCAUAUUUCGUCAGUAGACCAGGAGGUUGUAAAUGAUAGUAUUUGCCAUAUGGCAGAUGCAGAUAUUUGUCCAACAACUAACAGAAGCAAUUUGGUUAUUGCAGCUUUGAAGCCCGAGUCGAAUGUUGAUUCUCUUACCGAGCAGGCAUCUGCCUCUCAGGAAUCUAUCCAAACAAAGCCAUCUAAAUCCGACAUGGGCGACGGUGAAACCACUCAAACUCAGACCCAGAUGAGGAACAAUGAUGUUCAAAACAUUGGUGAUGGUUUCGGAUCUUCAGCUCACAAGCCAUCAUCUUCUUCUUCCCUUAAUUCUAUUUCAGGAGAAAGUCUCUUGAACGAUUCCAGACACGAGAGUGGUGAAGGCUCACAGUUCGAACAGAAAACAAUGUCGGUAAAGCGGGGUGGUGAAAUGGUGCAGGUUAACUACAAGGUGUACAUUCCAAAGAGAGCUCCUGGUUUGAGUAGGAGGCAACUCAAGCGGUGACUUAAGAUCCAUGAUUUUGCAGCCUUGUAGGAUGCUCCUGUUGCUUGCCAUUCCAAAGAUUGUGAAGUUUUGGAUUAGAAUUUUCCAUUCGCUUUCUGUGCGAAGGAUCUAUAAAGCCUUGAAAUAUGAACAAUAAUUAGUGCAGCCAAUUGGUAGCAUUUGUCUGUUAACUUUUCCACGAGAAUGAUCAAUAUGACCAUUUGAUCAAACGA